AAAGGGAUUCUCCAUUCUUUCUCUCUCUAGAACUAUAUAUAUAGAUACACACAUCGAUCACACAUGCUGUAUGUAGAGCGAUGGCACUAAUAAACUAUUCGUACACGAUGAGAAGUGAUCAGCAGAUGGGGUACACGGAGUUGUUGGAGAAGAGGCAGCUGUUCUUGAGAAGCUACCAGUUCUCCAGAAAGCUGAGUUUAGGAGAGAGAAUCAAGAAUUCAUUUUCUAGAGUGAGAAAGGUUUUGUGGGCUCGUUUCAGAUCAGCGAGAAAGCUGAGGAAGAUUCUCUGGCUCAACCUCAAAAAUGGAAUCUUCUUCACCACCACCACCACCACUAGGAGAAGAAGAAGAAGAAGGCUGUUGUUUCUGAGCUGUAAUUAUCACUAUUCCCAAUCUUCUUGUUUCUGCUAGAAUUUUUUUUUUAUUAUUAUUAUUAUUUUUAUUAUAUUUAAAUUUAUGUUAUUAUUUGGGAUUUCUUGCAGGGAUUAAAAUAGCUAUUUAUAUGUUUUUUUUUAAUUAAUUUUAUCUUUUAAUAAUUGAAAUCCAGUAUUAAUAAGGAUUUUUAGUUCAAAAAAUAUUGUGACGUUUCAUUAAUGAGCCGAAAUUUGGAUAAAAGAGUUUA